GGCGGUGAUGGCCUCAGCACAGGACAACGAGACCCUCUCCUCACUGGAUCAACAUGGAGAAGACCGUCUGGAGAGCAGUGAGGAGUACGAACUGUCCAGCCUCGACCAGCUGGAGAUGGAGCUGGAGAAGCAGCAGCAGCCCGUGCAGCGUCGCGCGGGCCCGGACGCCGGCUGGUCGCCGUGGUCGGCGUGGUCGCCCUGCUCCAGGACAUGCGACGGCGGCGCGUCCUUCCAGCUGCGACGCUGCGAGACAGCCGCCGGCUGCCGGGGCGAACCCGUCCGCUACAAGAUCUGCAACAUGCAGCCGUGCCCGGAGGCGGGCGACUUCCGGGACGAGCAGUGCGCGGCGCUGAGCGGCGACCCGUGGGAGGGCGAGCUGCUGCGCUGGUCGGCGCACGAGGACGAGGCGGCCCCGUGCGCGCUCACGUGCCGCGCCACGCGCCGCGACGGCUCGCUCGUCGUCGCCCGCCUGGCCGACCGCGUCAGGGACGGCACGCGCUGCCGCCCCGGCUCCCUCGACAUGUGCAUCAGCGGCCAGUGCCAGCGCGUGGGCUGCGACCUGCGCAUCGGGUCGUCCAAGCGAGUGGACGCGUGCGGCGUGUGCGGGGGAGACAGCUCGUCGUGCGCGCAGCCGCUGUUCCACUGGGAGCACGCCCCCGCCUCGCUCUGCUCCGCCCCCUGCGGCGGCGGGCGCAAGAUGUCCCGAGCGGUGUGCCGCAACCGGGUGACUGGCGCCGAGGCCGACGAGCAGCUGUGCAACGCGUCGCAGCGGCCGCCCCGCCUCCUGCUGCCUUGCAACACCCACCGCUGCCCCGCCAAGUGGGUGCCCGAUCCUUGGGGACCGUGUUCUGUCAGCUGCGGGGGCGGACACACCCACAGGAUUGUUCGCUGCCUGCAGGACAUCAACGGAACCACCAUACAGGUUCCCGAUUCACAGUGUCCAGUUCUGAGACCUCACCACAGCCAACCAUGUAACAGUGAAGAGUGCCCCAUCUGGAACUCUGGGCCAUGGUCUGAGUGCUCUCUAACAUGUGGUGUGGGUGUUCAGACCAGAGCUGUGUGGUGUGCUGAAGGUACUGAGCCAAGUGCCCUUUGUGACCCUACAGCACGUCCACCUCCCAAACAGACAUGUCUAACGGGAGUCAUUUGCCCUGGACCAGAGUACCAGACAGGAAAAGAAGAAGAUAAAAUGCCUGGAGGAGAUAACAGGCACUCAUUGAUACAGACUUAUGGUCCUUCAAGAGUACCUUCAGAAAAUGAAGAAAAUGCAAAGCAGCCUUCCCCUUUCAAAAUGUUCUUUGCCUGCGGCUGGUUGUAUUUGAGUUUCAUGGCAAAGAAGUGGGGACCCUGUAGUGUGACGUGUGGUGUAGGGGUUCGGAAGCGAGAAGUUCAUUGCAAGACAUAUCUGGAGUUCGUCAAGACCUAUGCUAGAGUGCCAGAUGCCCAAUGCCAUGGGAAGAAACCAGCAGAAAUUGAAAAAUGUAAACUAGAUCCGUGCAAUGAUGAACUCAGUAUGGAUUCUGAUGGCACUCAAAGUUACCAGGCCGUCCAUGAGGAACCAUCAUUUGAUAUGAAAAUAGCAAGAACUUCUCCUGGGCCAUACGUAUGGAAGUCAAUGGGCUACAAGCCAUGCAGUGCUUCUUGCUUGGGAGGUAUGCAAGAGUCAUUUAUAAUAUGUGUUCAUGAAAGCACACAGAAAACUGUGAAUCCAUAUUUCUGUGAUAAAGAAAGCAGGCCAGAAACAUUAUAUCGAACAUGUAAUGAAUUUCCAUGUCCUCCUCGAUGGAAUUAUUCUGAGUACCAAGCUUGUUCUAAGCCAUGUGGCAUUGGUAUAAGAACAAGAGAAGUAACAUGCAUCCAUGAGGUAACAAGAGGAGGAAGUAAUACAAUCAUUGUGCCAAAUAGCAUGUGUCCUCAACCACCUCCUCCUAACAGACAGUAUUGCAACAUUGUGGACUGUCCUGUGAAGUGGCACACUGGUACCUGGUCUAAGUGCUCAGCCACAUGUGGAGGAGGGACAAAGACGAGAUCUGUUGAGUGCAAGCAGACAAUGGCACAAAAUAAUAUCAUACCUCGGCAUACUACAAAAUGCACGGGCCCCAAACCGCCUGAGAAAAAGGCAUGUAAUAAGAAACCAUGUUCAGUAGAGAGUAUUCAGCCACAGAUACAUCUUGAAAACAAGACAUAUGUCCAGGAAAAUGCCAAUGAAAAGAAAGUGAAUCUUAAAAUUGGUGGCCAAGCUAUAGUAUUUGCAGGAAGUCAGGUGAAGAUCAGAUGUCCUGUGAGGAAGUUUAACAGGACUAAAAUACAGUGGGAAAAGAACAGCACACAGAUAACAACCUCUAGGAAAUAUAAGGUUACUAAACAAGGAGCACUGAAAAUACAUGACAUAAUGUUCACUGACAGUGGAAAGUACACCUGUAUUGCUGGUCAGUCAAAAGCUGAUCUAUACCUUUCAGUGAAGCUUCCUUUGACAAGAACAAGUUCUGAAGAAGUUGAGAAUGCCAACAAAGUAUUGCCUGGAAGAUCACGCUCAGAAGACAGAAGACUCAAGGCUGGAGGUCCCAGACAUGCUGUAAUAUUCCCAGGAGAUGAUCGAAGCCAUGAAACACAGCCAGAAGAGAAACAAGGAAGAAAAACGACAGUUCGACCAACCACUACAGUGGCAACGUCUCCACCAUCACCUAAUCGUGAGGAGGAGGUAAAUGUGAAAAAUGUGGACAACUGGCAACUGUUCAACAAUAUUCAAAUGUCAGACCAAAAGCAGGAAGAAUUUAGAGCAACUACUGUAUUGCGUGGUGGUGACUCAGUAACACUAUCCGCUGUUUCUUCUACUCAAAUGCCAGACACUUUUGAGGGAACAGUUCCUCAUUUAAGUUCCGGAAGUGCACGUCCUAUGCCACACUUCCAGCAUCUACUUUCUAAUUUACAGACCUUCAGCAACUCAAGAGGACAUCGCACUGUCAGUGAUUCAAUACCCAUUGUGAAAUAUGGCAAACCAGAUGAAGACAUGUACGAAGAUGAAUUUGGUCCAGCAGUUGUCUUAGGAAGAGGAAGUGCUGAAAACCUUAAGUUUGACUGGAUGAUAACUGAGUGGUCCAAAUGUUCACAGACUUGUGGAGGCGGUGGCUUUCAGACAAGAACUGCACAUUGUAUGGUGCGACUUAAUAACAACACUCAGAAUGUGCAAGGCAAUCUCUGUGAAGAUGCUGGUCUACCAACACCUCCUCUCACUCAGCAGUGUGGACUUGAAGAAUGUCCACAGUGGAUCACCAGCAGCUGGUCUUCUUGUGAGGAUUCACGGUGUUUUACAUGGAAUAAGGCGAUGCAACGCAGGGAGGUAGCAUGCUUACUAAGCAAUGGUACAGAAGUUGAAGGUCUCUGCAGUGAAGCUGAGAAACCCACUCAGCGACGAGAAUGUCACAAUGAAAAGUGUAAAGGAACUUGGAGGGUAGGUGAAUGGUCUGAGUGCACGGCAACCUGUGAGAUGCAGGGUAUCAAGUAUCGUAUACUCCAAUGUGUCUGGUAUGGGACAAAGAAGCCUGCAGGCAAUGCCUGUCGUGGCCAGCCACGCCCUUCCGUCAUGAAGAUGUGCAAAGGACCACCUUGUACUCAAAUGUCGAGGUGCAAAGAUCAAUCAAAGUACUGCCAAAUCGUGAAAACAAUGAAAGCUUGUGGGAUACACCAAUACUGGAACCAGUGUUGUCACUCAUGUCGGAAAAAAACCUAGUUUGGUGACUGUAUACCUCUAGCAUCAUUUAUUGAUGAAUUGUGUGAAUUAUUGCCUCAGUGUGGACUAAGACACUGUGUGGUAAUAGAGUCAAAGAGUUUCAGAGACAACUAUAUAUUAAUAUGUCAGAAAUGACAUAUUAUUGACCCUCACAUAUUUUUGGUGACAUGGUACUAAGUACCAUAGUGAAAUGUUUCACGCAAAACCCUAAGUGGGGGUGAAAACUUUGAGUACUAUUUUCAUGAAGACUGAAAAUAUUAAAAAUAACUAUGUCCUGCCAUUUUCAUAUUUGUUCACAUUAUCAAACUAGAAAGACUUCCAUUGGAUACUUACAAAUUCUAUCUAAAAUUAUGAGAUUAUUUACUUUAAGACAUUUAUAAUUCAGUUUUCCAAGUUGUUUGGUCCUGUUAUUAGUGAAGAUUGGGGCUAGUUUAAUACUCUUACUACAUUACUUAUUUUUUUAAAAAGUUGUUGUCUUGCUGUAAUGAGAUAUUUAAGUACACAUAAAGUACGAUGGUGUUGUUACCAGUAUUCCUACAAGCACACAUUCCAUUUGUUAUUUGUAAAUAA